ACACCCACUAACACUGACACACGGAAGUGACAAACUAAUACGCAUGUGAAGCCGGUGCUUGUUGGUGCAAGUCUAAUGUUUACUCUCCUGAACGCGCUUUUUAAAGGAAAUGCACGUGUACUGUUAGUAACUAAAAUGGAGCACGCUUUAAUUUUAAUACUGAGUAUUUGAACUGCGCGUUUUGCCAAUGACUUCAGGAGUGUGACAGACGUUCACAAUAAAAUAACAAUGGACAGUGGGAAUAUCAUGGACUUGUUUAACAGGGAAAGGCCAGUCAGAGUGUGUGCACCCAUGGUCCGUUACUCAAAGUUGGCUUUCAGAUGUUUAGUGAGGAAAUAUGACUGUGAUUUAUGUUUCACCCCAAUGAUCAUUGCAGCUGAUUUCAUGCGCUCUGCAAAAGCCAGAGACAGUGAAUUCACCACCAAUAAGACUGACCGACCCUUAAUUGUCCAGUUUGCUGCGAAGGACGCACAGACGCUGGCAGAUGCUGCAUGUGUGGUUUCCCCUUUCUCAGAUGGAGUGGAUUUGAACUGUGGCUGUCCACAAAGGUGGGCCGUGUCUGAAGGCUACGGUGCGUGUCUGAUUAACAAACCUGAGCUUGUGAAAGACAUGGUUAGGCAUGUCCGAAACCAAAUAGACAACCCCAACUAUGCAGUGUCCAUUAAAAUAAGGAUUCACAAAGACCUCAGGAGGACAGUGGACCUCUGUCAGAAGGCUACGGCAGCAGGCGUCUCAUGGAUUACAGUUCACGGGCGUACAGCCGACGAGCGGCACCAGCCUGUUCAUUAUGACGCCAUCAAGACCAUCAAGGACAGUCUUUCCAUCCCAGUCAUCGCUAAUGGUGACAUCAAGAGCAUGCAGGAUGUGGAGGCCACCUGCGCCCUCACAGGGGUGGAUGGUGCCUGAAACAAAAUGACGUUGCAGUGGACUGCGGUUGCUUCUUUCCUGUAUUUGGAAAUUGUUGUUCUUAUCAUCUUCUGUCUCCCUUUCAUCUCUCCACAAAGAUGGCAGAGUAUUUUCAAAUGGAGCAUCUGGAACCGUCUUUCCCAGUUCUGGAACAAGGGCUUUCUCACCAUGAUCAUAAUCCUCAUUGUUCUCUUUCUUGACGCCCUGCGGGAGGUGAGGAAGUACUCGAACGCUGACCAAGCCAAAGACGCCAAACUGCAACCCCACAUGUUUGACCACAUGCACAUGAAGCUCUUCCGAGCCCAGAGGAACCUCUACAUCUCUGGCUUCUCGCUCUUCCUGUGGCUUGUCAUGAGGAGAGUCAUCACUCUGAUCAACCAGUUGGCCGUGGCCAUCGGCACCAGUGUCGCUCUGCAGACUCAAGCUGAAAGCGCCAACAAAGCUGCCAAGAAAUACAUGGAGGACAAUGAGAUGCUCAAACAGGCACUUACGGAUCCUAAAGGAGAAGGAGGGAAGAAACAAGAUACAGAAGAGAACAAACUCCUGAAGAAAGAGGUGCAGAGACUGACAGAGGAGCUGAAGAGCAGCACAGAUGCUCUGAAAAAGUCCAAGUCGGAUUUAGAUGCCAUGAAGAAACAAACUGAAGGACUAACCAAAGAAUACGACCGUCUCCUUCAAGAGCACCAGGAGAUUCAGAAUCAGCUGGACAGCGGAGACAAAAAAGAUGACUAGGCAAGUGGACACAAUGGAAACCUGUACGAUAAUCAUAAUUAUGAUGAGCUCCUCCCACAUACACUCACCUGGUAGCAUGACAUGAAAACUGUUCUCCGUUCUGAAUCACUCAUGAUGAUGACAUCACAUCCUGUCAGGUUACGUGCUCACCACACAUUUGUAGCGGUUUGGCUUUGAUAUACAUCCCUAUUCUUUUGAUGUUCUGGCUGAUGCGGGGCAGUGCCGUUUAUUUUAAAUCAUCUCCAAAUAACUGUAUCUGCACACAUUUUAUUGAUGUGUUUACAGAAAACUGUAAAUAAGCCAUAUUAGACUGAUGCUUGCAUGUUGCAUUGGUUUACCUCAUGUUGCUUUCAUUCUGCGUUCUGCUCGAUUCUCUUGAAAGUGCAUAUUGAACCAGACUGUCACGCAACAUCCAGAAGCUUCACACAAAGUCAUAGUAGCUGUAAUAUUAGUACUUUUCACAGCAAUAUCUCCAUUCAUAUUUAC